AAUUCGCUGCGCGCGCCGACCUAGCAACAGUCGACAGAAAGCAAUCGCGAAUAGUGCUAUUCAGCGCAAUCGUUACGAGCAAGCGAGACGACGACAGAGCGAAUCUCAGUUGUCAGUGAAUUCCAUAUCUCUUGUUUGAAGUCCUUCUUGGAAUAGUCAAUAUGUCUCUGGUACCGUUGUUGUUCUCCGACUGGUGGGAAGACUUGGAAUUUCCGCACCGGCUCUUCGACCAAAACUUCGGCUUGGGAAUUCACCCCGAUCAACUUUGCCAUCCCGGCGUCCUCGAGCGCUUCGCCCUCCAGCAACGUGAUCGACAACGUUUACGCCCAUCACCCAUGGCUUACUAUCGACCGUGGGGCGAGCUGAUGCGCAGCAGGGAAGAGGGUGGCACAUCCACCGUUAGGGCGGACAAAGACAAGUUCCAGGUGAUCCUGGACGUGCAGCAAUUCAAGCCGGACGAGAUCAACGUCAAGGUCGUGGAUAAGUGCGUAGUAGUCGAGGCCAAGCAUGAGGAGAAGCAGGACGAGCACGGCUGGAUUUCACGUCAAUUUGUACGCAAGUAUAUGAUACCCGAGCAAUGCGACAUCGAUCAAGUGACAUCCAGCUUGUCAUCGGAUGGCGUAUUGAGCAUCACUGCCCCGAGGAAGGACAAGCCGAAGACCCAGAAUGAACGAGCGAUUAAAAUCGAGCAUACUGGCAAACCAGCGAUCCAGGAGAAGGUGCAAGAGAAGGUUCAGGAGAAGGCUCAGGAGAAGAAAGAAAAGAAGUAGAGAUUUGAAAUUAAAAAAGCUAAAUCGUAUAUAUGUGUGUACACAAAUAUUGUUUCUGUGAAACAUUCCUAUAUUAUAUGUAUUGUGUUUGAAUAGCAUUUUCUUUCUUUAAAUGUAAAUUGGAAAUAUUCAUGGAUUUUUCUCUUUUCAUUUUUUGUGAGAUAAUGAAAAUGUUGGAAUAAAUCGCUUGUUUUUCUUUUUUCGUUUUUUUUUUUUGAGAUUAUGAAAAUGUUGGAAUAAAUCGUUUGUUUUUCUUUUUUUGUUUUUGUGAGAUAAUAAAAAUGUUCGAAUAAAUUGUUCAGUUAACCUUAA